AUUUCGAAACCGACUGUCGGCGCAAGCGGUUCGUUUGGCUGUUCCGUGUUCGCCUUUCGUACAGAUAUCUCGCAAAACUCCCCCCAAAAACCUCGGGCAGGCGGGGAAGCAGGCAAAAUCACCCACCAAAAGCCGGUUCAUUUCGUGUUUCGAGCCCAAUUGCCAAGGAUGCAGCAGAUGCAGCAACACAAUACAGCUCUACUCCUCCUCUGGCAGUAUCUUUGGGAUACAAAUUAAGUUGAUUUGUUGCGCUCUGUUCGGAUCGGUUCGGUUCGGUUCGUUAUUGGUCUUGGAAUUGGUAUAUCGGUUCGCAUCAUUCUCUGGGUAAUUGAACUCCACCGUCUCGGCCUCCGUCUCGGUCCCAGUUCCAGUUCCAGUAUCUACUACUCUCGGUCGUCUUGCAGUGCAUUUUGUGUAUCUAGAUACCGUCUUUGUCGGCGUAUCGGUCUAUCCGUAAACUGUUAGUGAAGUGCAGCUCUGCCCCGGUCGCUUGUCGCUUGUCAAUCUAGGCACUGAUAAAAAGAAAAAAAAAAAUAGUAACCACGAAACGAAACAUAAACCAACAACAGCCACGCCAGCUACAGACAACCACAGACAGCAGGCAGCAGGCAGCAGACGGCAGACAGCAAGUGCCGUAUCCGUAUCUCUUUUGAGUCGUCUCACCGUUCGUGUUCGUUGAUAAAUGCAUUUCAUGCGUUCCAGCUAUGUAAAUAGCAAUUUAAUUUGAGUGUCCACAGUAAAUAUAAAAAAAAGCCAACCCAAUCCAGCCCGACAUAUACACAGGCUCCUCUGAUUCCAUUCCGGGGCACCCGUCGAAAGGGCCAGUCAGCAAUUGGACCCGUCGCUGUCGUCUGGCAACCAAAUAUUGAAUAUUUACAGAUGCGUUGAGUGGAUUUUCGAGUGCCCGGCACUUACUUGGCAGCAAAACACUCCCGCUAUCCCCGCUCCCCCUCACCACCUACGGCUUUGAGCCGAUGGAUGGAUAGUCGCUUGACUAUAUCAACCGAUUGGAUUGGAUUGUCAGCAUAUAAUACCCUUCAAUCCGAUUCGUGAGUGUCCUCCGCGCGUGAGUCGAGUGUGUGCGUGUGUUCGUGAGUGUGUGCUAAUUGGCCAGCAAGAGGGAAAGAGAGAGAGAGAGACAAACUAUGGAUAUGGAUGUGAUGAUGAUGAUCUGGAUAUGCAUCCUGGCGAGCACUUUGAUGGCUCCUGCCGGGGCCAGCACAUCGCGGUUCCUGCGCGUGCCCCAGAGCCAGUCCAUUGUGGAGAGCGAGGCCGCUGAUUUUGGCUGCGAGGCCACGGAUCCCUCCAGCUAUUUGCACUACGAAUGGCUGCACAAUGGUCGAGAGAUUGUGUAUGACAAGCGUGUCUAUCGCAUUGGUUCCCAUUUGCAUAUCGAGGCCGUGCAGCGGGAGGAGGAUGUUGGCGAUUAUGUGUGCAUUGCCACCAGUUUGGCCAGCGGCGCCAGGGAGGCAUCGCCUCCGGCCAAAUUGAGCGUGAUAUAUCUGGAGUCGGCCAGCGUGCAGCUGCUGGGCAGCAAUCGGAACGAGCUGCUGCUCAAGUGCCACGUGGAGGGCGCCUCCGGGGACGAGUCACUGCAGAUCGAAUGGUAUCGCAACAGCGCCAGGCUGAGCAGCUGGGGCAACGUCCAUUUGGAGCAGCAUCGCCUGCUGGUGCGUCAGCCGACUGCCUCCGACGAUGGCCUCUAUCGCUGCACCGCCUCGAAUGCGGCCGGGCGAGUCAUGAGCAAGCAGGGCUAUGUCUACCAGGCGAACAUCAAGUGUCUGCCCCGGCUGCUGAAGAAGAACCAGAAGCUGCCCGAGUCCUGGGCCAAGCAGACCUUCCUGUGCCGCGGCAAGCGGGGCGGAUCUGGUGGCCUGGAGCAGUCGCUCGCCCCAGCUCCCGAGGAUCUACGCAUUGUCCAGGGUCCCGCUGGCCAGUUGCUCAUCAAGGAGGGCGACCCAGCCGCGCUCAGCUGUCUCUACGAGCUGCCCGCCGAGCUGCAGAACCAGCGCAUUCAGCUCCGCUGGCGAAAGGACGGCAAGCUGCUGCGGCACGUGGAGCUGGGCGGAGCCAUUCCCAUACCAGGACACCCGCACGACUCCGGCAAGGAUGCGCUGCUGCGCGAGGACGCGCGCCUGGUGCUGCACAAGCAGAAUGGCACCCUGAGCUUUGGCAGCAUCAUUGCCAGCGAUGCGGGCCAGUACCAGUGCCAGCUGCAGCUCGAGGGCCAUGCGCCACUCAACUCCUCCCCCGGCACUCUGGAGGUCAUUGAGCAGCUGAAGUUCAUGCCGCAGCCCACCUCGAAGAAUCUGGAGCUAGACGCAGCCGUGGCCAAGGUGCACUGCAAGGCCCAGGGCACACCGCCGCCGCAGGUGCAAUGGCAGAGGGAUUCGGGCGCCGUGAACAGCUCGCUGCCCGACCAGGCGGAGGUGGACAUCAAUGGGACGCUCAUCUUUCGGAACGUGAGGGCCGAGCAUCGGGGCAACUACACGUGCCUGGCCAGCAGCAGUCAGGGCCGGAUCAAUGCCACCGUUGCCAUCAAUGUGGUGGUCACACCCAAGUUCAGUGUGCCACCCGUGGGACCCAUUGAGACCACCGAGCAGGCCACUGUGGCGAUGCACUGCCAGGCGAUUGGCGAUCCCAGGCCGACGAUUCAAUGGGACAAGGACCUGAAGUAUCUCAGCGAGAACAACACGGAUCGUGAGAGGUUCAGCUUCCUGGAGAACGGCACCCUGGAGAUACGCAACGUUCAGGUGGAGGACGAGGGCAGCUAUGGCUGCACAAUCGGCAACAGUGCGGGUCUGAAGCGGGAGGAUGUGCAGCUGGUGGUGCGGAGCAGCGGCGAUGGCUUCGCCCCCGAGGAAACGGGCGGCGAUGGCUUCCUGGUCACGCGGGCUGUCCUCAUCACGAUGACUGUGGCCCUGGCAUACAUUGUCCUGGUGGUGGGUCUGAUGCUGUGGUGUCGCUACCGUCGGCAGGCGCGCAAGGCCCGCCUCAACGAGCUGAGCAUCAAGGAGGCUGGCGGCGACCAGCCGGAUGCCGCCGUCACAAAUGGCAAGGGAUCCGAGCAGGAGCCGUGCCUGUCCAGGCAGCGCAAUGGCCAGGGUCAGGGCAAAUCCAAGUCCAACGGAGACGCCCAAAAGUCGGAUGACACGGCCUGCAGCCAGCAGUCGAGGAGCUCCAAGAAGUCCGUCUACGAACAGCUCGUCCUGCCACGCUCCGGCCUCAGCGAGCUGCUGCAGAUCGGACGCGGGGAGUUCGGAGACGUGUUCGUGGGCAAGCUGAAGGCGUCCCUGGUGGCGGCCAGCGCGACAUCGGACAAGGAUGGGGACACGGAGAAGCAGCACAGCAACAGCGAGAAUGGGAGUGGAGGCAGUGGGGGAAGCGGCAGCGGCAGCGGCAGUGGCAGUGGCAGCACCACCCUCAGCACUCUCAACGAGAAGCGACGCUCCAAGACCUCCAUGGACGACAUCGAGGAGAUCAAGGAGGAGGAGCCAGAGCAGUCGGCGCUCGAUCAACUGGUCCUGGUCAAGGCGCUGAACAAGGUGAAGGACGAGCAGGCCUGCCAGGAGUUCCGUCGCCAGCUGGAUCUGCUGCGCAGCAUCUCCCACAAGGGAGUCGUCCGCCUGUUUGGCCUCUGCCGGGAGAAGGAUCCGCACUACAUGGUCCUGGAGUACACCGACUGGGGCGAUCUCAAGCAGUUCCUGCUGGCCACCGCCGGCAAGGUGAACACAGCCACGGCCACCUCCUCGCCGCCGCCACUGACCACCAGCCAGGUGCUGGCCGUGGCCUAUCAGAUUGCACGCGGCAUGGAUGCCAUCUACCGUGCCCGCUGCACGCACAGGGAUCUGGCCACUCGCAACUGUGUCAUCUCGAGCGAGUUUAUAGUGAAGGUCUCCUAUCCGGCGCUGUGCAAGGACAAGUACAGCCGGGAGUACCACAAGCACCGGAACACGCUGCUGCCGGUGCGCUGGCUGGCGCCCGAGUGCAUCCAGGAGGAUGAGUACACCACCAAGAGCGACAUCUUUGCCUACGGCGUGGUGGUGUGGGAGCUCUUCAAUCAGGCCACCAAGCUGCCCCAGGAGGAGCUAACCAGCGAGCAGGUCAUCCAGCGCUCGCAGGCCGGCACCUUGGAGUGGACGGUGCCAGAGGCCACGCCCGACAGCCUCAAAGAGAUAUUGCUAUCCUGCUGGCUGACCAAUCCCAAGGAGCGUCCGUCCUUCAGUCAACUGGGGUCCGCCCUGAGCAAGGCCAUGCAGAGUGGAGCCGAGAAGUGAGGAGGAGGGGACGGAGGAGCAGGCCCAGACUGAUUGAGCAAAUGCCAAAAAGUAAUUUCUAGAUUUAUUUCCACGUUUUUCCCAUCCCCCAGAAAGUAUUUCCCCAAAGCAUUUCCCCCAAGUAUUUUCUUUGCCAGGCUUAACAUUAAGUUCUAAGCGCCUGUUUAACAUGCGUACUAUAUAGUUAUAUAUGGAUACGUUCUAACUGUACAAACACAUACAAUUACACCCAAUAUAACACACACAUUACAUAUACAUAU